GCCUGCAAACAGCUUAAUCAAGUAGAGCUUUCAGACUGUGAAAUAUAUGCCUCUUGUGAGCCUUGCCCCAUGUGCUUUGGUGCUAUUCACCUUUCUCGAAUUAAGAGGUUGGUUUAUGGAGCGAAGGCUGAGGCAGCCAUAGCUAUUGGAUUUGACGAUUUCAUUGCUGAUGCACUGAGGGGUACUAGCUUCUAUCAAAAAGCUCACUUGGAAAUUAAAAGGGCAGAUGGGAGCGGAGCUGUCAUUGCAGAACAGGUCUUUGAGAAAACAAAAGCAAAAUUUCAAAUGUAUUGA